CGUCCAAGCCGGAUUUAUAAAAAGAAAAAAGAGCAAGACGUUUUAUGAUGGCAUCUCUUGGCCUUCAGGUUUUGGGCAUUGUCCUAGCUGUGAUUGGAUGGAUUGGAACCAUUGUCAUCUGUGCUCUGCCCAUGUGGAAGGUGACGGCUUUCAUCGGCAGCAACAUUAUAACAUCGGAGGUCGUCUGGGAGGGCCCCUGGAUGACCUGUCUGGUGCAGGGCACCGGGCAGAUGGUGUGCGAUACUUACGACACCGUGCUGGGUAUCCCUCAAGAUCUCCAGGCAGGCCAGAUCCUGGUGGUGAUUGCUGUUUUUUUGGCCAUCAUAGGUCUCACAAUGUCCUUUGCUGGAGGAAAGUUUACUAACUGCAUGGAGGACGAAUCCACCAAAACCAAGAUCUGCAUUGUCUCAGGCAUCAUCUUCAUCAUUGCUGGAGUCCUCACCAUGAUCCCUAUCUGCUGGACUGCCAACACCGUCAUCAGUGACUUCUACAACCCUUUGAUUCAUGAUACAAAAAAACAGAAAAGCAUUCUGAUGGCAUCUGUUGGGAUUCAGAUUCUGGGCAUUGCCCUAGCCAUAAUCGGAUGGAUUGGAACUAUUAUCAUCUGUGCUCUGCCCAUGUGGAAGGUGACGGCUUUCAUCGGCAGCAACAUUGUGACAUCUCAGACCAUCUGGGAGGGACUCUGGAUGAACUGUGUGGUGCAGAGCACCGGGCAGAUGCAGUGCAAGGUCUACGACUCCAUGCUGGCUCUCCCUCAGGAUCUCCAGGCAGCCCGAGCCUUGGUUGUGAUUGCUCUUUUGGUGGCCCUUUUUGCUCUCCUGCUGUCUGUCGUUGGAGGAAAGUGCACCAACUGCGUGGAGGACGAAUCCACCAAAGCCAAGAUCUGCAUUGUCUCAGGCAUCAUCUUCAUCAUUGCUGGAGUCCUCACCAUGAUCCCUGUCUGCUGGUCUGCCAACACCAUCAUCAGGGACUUCUACAACCCUUUGCUCACUGAUGCCCAAAGAAGGGAGCUUGGCGCUUCAUUGUACAUUGGAUGGGGUGCUGCUGGUCUUCUGAUCCUUGGAGGAGGUCUGCUCUGCUGCAGCUGUCCCCCUCGGGAAAACCAGCCCUACUCUACUAAAUAUUCUGCUGCCAGAUCUACAGCUACAAGCAAGGCUUACGUGUGAAACUUAACAAGAGUUAAAGAGGGGACGUUUUGUAGUUGGACUGUGCGUAUGUGUCAGUUUUCUACCUUCUCCUGCCUUUUUGUUUGUGUGUAAUUGUGUGCUUUCAUCUGCUUUGCUGCUUUGUACUCUAUUUCUUGUAAAUGACAAAACAAAAUGCUAAAAUAUGGUACUUCAUUAUGGUAAAAAGUGCCACUAACACAUGAAUUUACUGGCUAAUAUGUAUAUCAUGUACAUUUAACUGCUAAUGGGUAAAUAUCUGCAAAUAAGAAAAAACAGGGAAAUAUUUUACAGCUUUAGAAAUAAUUACAUUUUUGACUGCCUGUGCUCAAAAUAAAUGUUUAUUUUAUGUAUAAAAAAAACUGUGAGAAACAACUUGGAAUAGAAGUUUGUACAUCUGACACAUCAUUAUUAUUAUUAUUAUUAGUUUAUUUAGCAGACGCCUUUAUCCAAGGCGACUUACAGAGACUAGGGUGUGUGAACUAUGCAUCAGCUGCAGAGUCACUUACAAUUACGUCUCACCCGAAAGACGGAGCACAAGGAGGUUAAGUGACUUGCUCAGGGUCACACAAUGAGUCAGUGGCUGAGGUGGGAUUUGAACUGGGGACCUCCUGGUUACAAGCCCUUUUCCUUAACCACUGGACUACACAGCCCCCAUCAUGACAUUAAGAACCUGAAUUGCAUGUGGUAGAUGCUUCUUGGUUUUUGGUAUUUUGCAGUGAGUUCUUGUAAGAGUGACCUUACUCAGCAAAUUGGCUAAGUUUAGGGGUGGGCACCAAUAUCGAUAUUUUGAUAUGAUAUCGGUAUCGUUCGAUAUCGAUAAUAAUUUCCAUAUCGCGGGAUUAAAAAAAAUUCACGUAGGCUCGCAGAGACAUACUUUUUAUUGCUAAUACUGCUAAAAAAAUACAAACGCAGUAUAAUCAAGAUACAACAAACCCUAAACAUACCAAUCAUUGUUAGCCUCUUAGGCAAGUCUUAAGUUCCGGAUAUUGAUGAGAGUGAUCAGUUUCACCUUGUUUUAAGUAUCUAACCAUGUACCAUUUUGUUUUGUCCUUUGCCAAAACUUAUCUGUGGUUUUUUUUUUGUUUUGUUUUUUGUGAAUAUUCCAAUUGUAAUAUCCAGUUAAAUGUAUCAUAUUAUUAUGUGAAAAUUGCGAUUUCAGGGGCUGAGAGGAAAUUGUGAAAUUAGCCCAAUACCGCGACUUUUACAAUAUUCUUAAGAAAUAAAAAUAAUUUCAUAAUUAUUUGUAUUUCAUACAAAAAAUAAAUCACAUUAACGAAA